AUGUUCACAGUUAAGAGUGCCUACCAUGUAGCUAGAUCUUUGCAUUCCCCCACUGGCAAGGCAUUCUCCUCAAAUCCGGAUACAGUCGCUAGGAAUUGGUCUCUAAUUUGGAAAGCCAUCGUGCCAGCCAGAGUCAAGACCUUUUGGUGGCGUGUUAUCUCUGGAAUAUUACCUACGAAGGCAAAUUUAGCACGAAAAAAGGUGUCUCUAGAUGAGGAAUGCAUGUUCUAUGAGGGCCCAACCAAAUCUUCAAUUCAUAUCCUUCGUGAUUGCCCGUGUGCAAUUUGUGCUUGGCGUAGUUCGACAUUAAGUAGUAGCUGGUGGAACAAUGAUGCUUAUUCACCCAAGGAUUGGGUAUUUUGCUGUGCAGAGCAACUAAGCUGUCAUGACUUUGCAAAUUUUCUCAUGGUGGGUUGGGCAAUUUGGGAAGAAUGCAAUGGAUUGCUAUGGAAUAAUAAGAAAAGUAGGCUUGAACAAGUCAGCUUGCAUGCAUCUCUGAGGCCACAUGAUUUUUUGUGGGUUAAUAAUUGCUUGGGGUCUCAAAGUAGGCAAGGUCAAAUGAAAAAAAUGUGGCAACCACCACAUGAGAACACUCUUAAAAUAAAUGUGGAUGGUGCUUGGAAGCCAGGGACCACGGAGGGUGGCGUUAGUGUGGUUGUGAGAGACUCCAUCAUCAAAUUUGUGGUGGGUUGUGCAACUAACUUGACUAAUGUUUUCUCUGCGCCACAAGCAUAG